AUGCUGCAAUACGAUGCGCGCUUGUGCUCAAUAGCUUAUUGUGUUCGAACACGAAAAUUACACAUUGAUUCGGCUCCAUUUCACACAUCGACAAAGGUCACUCAGCUCAUCAACAAUGUUGAAACAAUAUGUACUAAUAUACUCGAAUCGGGUGAUCGAGCACGAGCAAUGAAACGUCUUCGAGUUCCACCACUCGAAGAAAAACAAUCACCAGUGGUGACAUUUCGUGUUGGAAUAUUUGUCGGUAAGGUAUUUUGUUUCUUUUCUUUUUGUUUGUAGAAAAGUAACUCUUUAGGAAUGAUCUGUAUUUUAUUGCCAAUGGUGUUCGCACUCGCCAUUCUUUUUAUGGACAGUCAAUCGGCAAAACCGCUCGCCUGGCGUCAAGCACUUCUUCUCUACCGUUCUACAUGUCUCAUCAUUCUUCAAGUUAUUCUUGUCGGUAUCAAUGUUUACGGUUGGUCAUCGUCCGGCGUCAAUCAUAUUCUCAUAUUCGAAAUCGAUCCGCGCAAUCAUUUGGUCUAUCAACAAUUGCUCGAAGUAGGAACAUCUUUAUUGGUUCUUUGGUUUCUUAGUUUUGUUGGAUUCAUUGUCUCAUCCCAUUUCGCUUUUUAUCCAUUUAUACAGCCGCUUGCUUUUGUUACUCUGUUGAUUCUCUUUCUAAUCAAUCCAAUAUCGAUACUUUAUCGUGAAGCUCGCUUCUGGCU